UUUCAAGUCAAGCUCAUACAACCCAGGUUACAUUGAAAUGGGGUUCCCUUCUUGACUUCAAAUCACUCGACCUAGACAAAAAGGGUUACCUCAAAUUCAUCAGCCAUGGCAGAUUCAGGUGAAGUGCAUUCUGAAGAAAAUAAAGUUCCUCUAGAUAAGAGUAAAAAAAGAACCCUCAAGACGCCGGCCCAGCGUGAUGCUCUGGAGUGCUUCUAUGAGGAGCACAAGUUUCCCACAGAUGAAAUGAAAGCACAGUUAGCAGAGAAGGUGGGGUUGACAGAGAAACAGAUAUCUAGUUGGUUUUGCCACAGAAGGUUAAAAGACAAAAGGAGAGAUGAAAUCCAUGUUAAUGGGCGACAGGAUCCUUCCAGUGGUGUUAUUCAGGAUCGUGCUAGUGGGCUCAGGCAAGACUCAUGUGGCAGCAUUAAGCAGGGGGAUCAUAGAAACAUAGAUCUCAGGGAGGUUGAAAGUCGAGGGAUUUAUGGACGUGAUCGUCCAGCUGCAGACCUCACUUAUGUGAAUAGGGGUUGUCAAGAUCCUCAUGUUGGUGACAUGGAUGAUACAUCUUCUGAAAGCAGCUCAUCUUUACAAGAUCGGGUUUUUUCUCAUAAUAGUGAUCCCUAUGAGAUACAAACUUCUCCAUACCUGACACAGCGUGGAGCCAUUAUGCCAAAAAACCAAGCAGGUGCAAGAAAUAUGGGUUAUAAGCCAUCAGGAUAUUUGAAAGUCAAGGGUGAAAUUGAAAAUCCUGCUAUUACUGCUGUUAAGAGGCAGCUGGGAAGGCAUUAUCGAGAAGAUGGUCCACCUCUGGGGAUUGAAUUUGAGCCACUUCCUCCUGGGGCUUUUAUGUCCCAAAGUACAAAUCCAGUCAAUGAGCAAAAUAACAUUGGAGAUCCUAGCCAGUGUCAUUCUCUUGGUAUAUCUGGGUUUCUGAAGCAGCCAAAUCUUAAUACUAAAUAUGAAGCACAUAUUACCAGGAUGGGUUCUCAGGAUUCAUACGAGGAGGAUGCAAACUGUUACUCUAUCCAUUCUGACAGACCGGAGAGGAGUUCCUAUCGGCAAUUAAAACAGAAGUCUUUCCACAAUACUUCCAACUCUCCUCUUGGUCAGAACUCUUAUUUAGAUACAUAUGAAGAUUCUGCUGGGAAAACACCAGUCAAUGGUAGCAACCUUAGUAGGAUAAGCUCUAAGCAUGCUGUUGAGGAAAUGAGAUCAGAUUCGUUGUCUAAGGAUCCUGGCUACUAUGAUGCCAAAAUUUCCAAUAAAAAGGCAAAGCCAUGGUUGCGCGACAAUAAUAAUGUUGCUCCUAAGAAUGCCCAGAAGAAUGAAAACUUGUCUAGACCUUCAAAUUUGAUACCUGAGUUCAGUCAGUCCCUUGAUACUGUGGAGAGGGGCCCAUCUGCGAGGGUGACAAAGGUCGACAAAUGUGUCACAGAGAGGAGACACAAAAUAGAGUAUCACGAUCCAGUUAGAGUAAAAAUGCGUCCAACAAAUGAAGUGAGAGUUGCUAAUCAAGCCAAAAUUGAAUACCCUCAACAAGAUUAUCUGGAAAAUGCAUCAUCUACCAAACUGUUGUUAUUGGCAAAUCAGAUUAAAGGGUCAUCUAUGGAUGUUCCAUGUAGCUUCAGUGAGGAUGAAACUGCAGAAACUAGUUCAUCCCUAGAAUGAAGGAAAGAUGGUUUAUCAAUUCCAGGAGGGCUUAAGUGGUUGUCAAGAACACUCCAUGGAGACCCAUGAAUUUAUGUAAUUGCUUUGUACAGGUGGAAGAAGGGUGUUUGCUCAUCCUACUAAUAUGGAACUACUGCUAGCAAAAUAGGGAGGAUAGCAUGUCAAUCGUAAUCAGGGUGCUCAGCUGUUGAUGUGUACAAAUUCUUUUUGAUGUUAGUUAAAAUGCUUUUUGCAGAAAAGCAGUGAUGACAUUUAUGUGGUGAUGUCAUUGGCUUGGAUCUACUAAUCCUAGAUGUAAUAUAAGCAAUUUAACCUGGAGAUUUGAAAACACUGCAUUCCACAUAUUGGUC